AUGAUUCUCCAAUCCAUUGCACAAAUAUUAAAUUUAACUAUAAUUAGUAAUAUAGGGUUGGAGCCUUGGAUUUUAUUAGCUUUAAAAUGUCUUGGAGGUUUGAUAUUUUUUUCAGCUAUUUCCCUAUUCUCUUUAAUUAGGGAACCCUUACCUAUUGAUAAUAACGCGAAAAUAUUAUCAUAUUGUUAUUCUAUUGGACAGAUGUCUGUUAUGGGAAUGUACUUUUUAUGUGGUUCGAUCGAUGAUAGCAUUAACAAUAAUUUUAUGUUACUAGCACCUACUCUAGUUGUUUUUGGAAUUUUCUAUGACUAUAAAGAUAUAUAUUUUAAAAAAAAUGGUUUAUGGAAAAACAUUAUUUAUUUAUUUCUAACUUUUUGCCAAAUAAUAACUUUAGUUAUAUCUAUUAUUAAUUUUAUUCAAUUUAAGAAAAAUUGGGUUUUUUUAAUAUAUUUGGUCCUUUUGACUGCAAUUUUCUUAAUUUGCAAAAUAGCAUAUUAUUUUGCGAUAGUGAAAAUAAAUAAAAAUAAGAUCAAACCACUCGAAAUAUCUGCAGUUAGUAUAUUAAAUAUUUCAAAGGUAGGGAUCCCAAUUGGGGUACUCGUGCAUACUUGGAGAAUGCGUAAAUUAUUACCAAACCAUGAGUACAAAUUAUUUCUAUUAGACUUGGCGAGGUGCGACCGUUCAUCAGCCUUUAAAAUACUUUUAUCUUCGUUUAUUUCGUUCGGAAUAAUCUUUCCUUUACAAGUUCUAACUAUCCCCAACAUUUCAUUCUUGGAAUAUAUUCUAUAUUCUAUAUUCCCUAAUGUUUUAUUUUCCCAAAAUUAUAUUUCAAUUGGAUUUAUAGUUGCACUAAUUUUAAUGGCUUUUAAUAUUUACCAAGAUAAUAAAACUUCUGAAAAUUUUGUUAUUCAAUUAGAGCCAAUUAAAUAA